AUGUCAAUCCUCUAUCACGUGGUAGGAAUUGGCAUAGUGCUGCUUUCAGCAAGCACCCUUUCAACAACUAAAGAUAUAGCAGAGAAAGUCAAGCUCUCUAAGUUUCUUGAGUCAGAAGGAAUCAAGGAUAAAGCUGUGUCAGACAAGGGAGUAAAGAGACAUAUCUCAGGUUAUGGUUUCGGUGGUCAUACUGUCGGACUGUCCGCGCCCAUCGGUUUAGGCUCACACACAAUAGUAUCUUCUCCGUCCAUCGGUAUAGGACAUUCUGUUGGAAUAGCACCUGCGGGUGGAGUGUAUGGUAGUGGUAUUGGUAUAUCAGGGUAUGGAGGAGGUAUAUCAGGGUAUGGGGGCGGUAUAUCAGGGUAUGGAGGUGGUAUAUCAGGCUACGGAGGCAGCAUAUCAGGCUCUGGAGGAGGCAUAGGAUUUGCAACUGGCGCAGGCAUUGCAAGCGGUGGAGUAAUAGCAGGGCCAGCCGUAGCCAGCGUUGCCGGGCCUGCAGUAUCUACGGUAGCAGGAGGUUCUAUUGGUGCUUCAGGAUCUUUGGCAGUGGCAGGCCCUGUUGCCGGUGCUGCACCUGCUGUACAACAAUCCGUUUCGAUUGAGCCAAAUCCAGUUAUCUUACGCCAAGAAGUACCCCGCUACAUAACAAGAACAAUUACACGAGACGUACAAGUACCCGUUCAAGUACCUUAUCCAGUACCAGUAGACAGACAGGUCCCGUUUCCUGUCAGGGUACCAUACCCAGUAACUGUCGAUCGACCAGUCCCUGUGCAUGUAGUUCAAAGAGUUCCAGUGGAAGUCACAAAGCAUGUACCUGUUUAUUACGAGAAGAAAGUGCCAUAUCCAGUUAAGGUGCCAGUAUCUGUCCCCGUGCCAUAUCCUGUGACUGUUGAGAAGCAGGUACCGGUAGAUAGACCUGUGUACGUCGAUCGUCAAGUGCCAGUACCGCAUCCAGUUUAUGUGGACCGCCAAGUCAAUGUCCCUGUACCGGUUCAAGUAGAUAGGCCAGUACCUGUACCGCAUCCUGUACUUGUUGACAGGCCUGUGCCCGUGUCGCAGCAAAUUGUUGUAGAUAGACCUGUAGCAGUUUCUGCUGGGCCUGCAAUAGGCACAGUUGGGUCAGUGGGUGCGGUUCAGGCCGGUACUGCAGUUGCGGGUGGUCCCGUAGGUUCAGCCAUUUCUCUUGGAGGGCCAAUACUAUCUAGCGGAAUCUCAGGAGGGUUUUCAGGUGGCUACGGACUUGGAGGAGGCCUUGCCGGAGGACUUGCGGGAGGACUUUCGGGAGGGCUUUCGGGAGGAUUUUCUGGUCUUUCCGGAAUUUCAUAUUCAAAGUCGUAUGGAGGGAUCCCAUUAGGAUACGCCAGUGGUUAUGCAAACAUUCCUGUAGGCUAUUCAGCGGGACACAUAUCAGGAGGACACGGAAUUGCGUCAGGAAUUGGAACAACCUACGCUAAGACCAUUACUUACAAUACUAUUGGCCAUCAUUAA